GUCAUAUCAUCUCUAAACUAAACUCUACAGCCUUGAAAAUCAUUACAAGUGAUGUCUGACUAACUAUAGUUCUCUCCUUAAAUAUGAAGAGAUUCAACAACAGAUUCAUGAGUUACUCCAAAUUUUACAGUCUAUAUAGAGUGAUCGUCAAUGUAAAAAGAGCAAACAGGAGAAGCGUUGAACACAAAACACAUACACAUAUAUUUAAUUUUUUGAUCAAAAUUAUGGCUAGGAACAAUUUAGUAGUUGCUGGAUAUUGAUGUAAUCUCAACUAAAUUCUACACCCCUUGCCUAUUAUUCACUUCGUUCUCUUUAUUUUUAAAUUCUUUAUAAUAUUUACCUCUUUGGUCUUGUCCUAUGAUUUUAAAUAUUCUUUUUUUAUACUCUUUCAUGCAUCUAGACACGUUAGUGCAUGGGAAAAUGUCCAAACAUCAAGAAAAGAAUCAAACGGAGUUAAGAGCAGUUUUGAUCGGAAGGCAAUACUCUGGGAAAACAUCGGUGAUCAACACUAUAUUGGAAACCAGUGAAACAGAAGCUGAAGGAGAUGAGGAUGUGAAGAGAGAGGGGUUUAUUGAUGGCAGGAGAAUCAGUCUUGUUGAAAUGCCUGGCUGGUGGAAUACCUUCAAUCUGAAUGAUUUAUCCAAUAUCUCCAAACAGCAGCUGUUCCGCAGGAUUUCCAUGAUUUCACCCGGACCUCACGCAGUUCUGAUUGUGAUUCGGGCUGAUUCUGCAUUUACUGACGCUGACGGGAGGUUUCUGGAGGACUAUGUGGAGCUGCUGGGUCCCAAUGUCUGGACUCACACCCUCGUCAUCUUCACAAGAGGAGAUUUAAUUAAACCCAAACACAUAGAGCAGCGCAUUCAGGAGGAGGGCUCAGCUCUCAAGAGGCUUAUUGAAAAAUGUGAACAUAAAUAUCAUGUUUUUAAUAACUCAAAUCACCACGAUCAAACCCAAGUUAAAGAGCUGUUCAAGAAAAUUGAAGGAAUUAUCAAGAACAGUAACAGCAAGCACUUUAACAUUGACCUGGAAGUAGUAAAUAAAGUCAAUGAGCAGUGGGAGGAAAUUCAGACAAGAGCAAAUUCUAGAAAAUCCAGAGUACAGAAGGAACGGUCAAAAGUUCAAGAAAAAGCGUAUGUGCGUCGUCUUGAGGAGAUCAGAGUUGUUUUGCUGGGAUGGGUUCUUGGUGGAAAGAGCUCAGCUGGAAACACCAUCUUGAACCGGGAUGAAUUUGCCAUAGGAGGAAAAACCGGAGAGGGUAAGAGAGGCUUUGGAGAUGUAGAUGGAAGGAAGAUGACAGUUUUGGAUACUCCAGGCUGGUGGAAGUACUUUGCAUCGGAACUCAACCCAGAUUUCAUUAGAUCUGCGAUCUUUGGAAGCGUUUCAGAGUGUAAGAAGUUCCCUCAUUCCAUGCUGCUCGUGAUCCCAGCAGAUACAUCAUUUCAGGAAGAACAAAAGAGGAUCACUGAGCAAAAUAUGUCUAUCCUUGGAGAUGACGUCUGGAAACACACUAUAGUUCUGUUCACCUGGGGUGACAGAUUUAAAGACAUCUCAGUCGAGCAGCACAUUGAGAGUGAAGGUGAAGCUCUUCAGUGGCUGAUUGAGAAAUGCAGGAACAGAUAUCACGUCUUUGACAACACAGACAAGAAGAAUCGAGAUCAAGUCACAGAGCUGCUGCAGAAGAUUGAUGAGAUGGCAGCAGAAAACAGUCUGUUUCGGCUCAACAGGAGGAAAAACUAUGAUGAGAAAACCUGUCAGAAAACUGAAAAACAGGAGGAUCUGAACAUGGAGAUCAGACUGAAGGAUGUCUGUCAGUAUCUGGAUGAAGGGUUUAAGAGAAAAACUGAAGAGAUAAGAAGGAAGAUAGAAAAGUUGUGCAUGGAUAUCAUGGAAGAAUGUCUAAACUGGGAUGAGUGUGGCAGUAUGAGUGAUCCUCUUCACUUUCAGAAUAAACCUCCUCAUGCCCUAAAAGAAGUCAUUAUUCAACCUCAGAAAGACAGCAGUAAGUAA